GAACCACGGUCUGGUCUGGUUGCUCGGAAUUAAUGUUUACUUUACACGGAAAGUCACGUCUUGUUGUUCGUUCUAUUAUUUCUUUUUCUCACAAAUUACGACAUCUGUACCGGAUCGGACUGGACAAGCAAUUAUGGCGAGGUAAUACUCCUUCCAGCACGGGUGGGGUUAGUAUAGAAUAGAUCUUCUUCAAUGGUCAAGAAGGUAGAAAUAAUGGGGUCAAGUUACGCCCGUGCGACCGGAGCCUUGUCCCUGGUGGGCUUCGCCCUUUCGGCGUAUGCGCUGUAUGUCGAAAUUUCGAAAGCGAACGACCCCUCGUACACGGCCAUGUGUGACAUCGCGGCGAGAAUUAGUUGUUCGCUAGUCUUCACUUCAGAAUACGGGACGGGAUUUGGUCUCGUCAGCAAAAUACUCGGACCUGAUUCGUUCCUUAAUCAGCCCAAUGGUUUAUUCGGAUUGAUAAUGUAUCCUUUAUUUUUCGUGACGAGCAUCAUUCCACAUCCUCUCGUAGCGCUGGGCGGACUCGUGCUGGGCAUAUCGGGCAUAGUCAUGUCCAUUUAUUUGGGCUACGCUUUGUUCAUAGUUCUUCAAGAUGCUUGUGUCGUCUGUAUUUCGACGUACCUAGUCAACAUUGGCCUCUUUAUAUGUUCCCUGCGCACUUAUCGGGCCGUCAUGUCAAGGAGCAAGGCAAAAACUACUAAAUCGCAGCCUACCAAGAAACAGAAACGAACUUAACACAGUGCAAUUCGAUGGAUGACGACCAAUAUAAUCAAUCAACAUCUACAUACAUUCCUCACAAUAUCUUGUUUACCAUUUAUUUAUUUUUAAAAUGCGGCGUUUACAGCGGACAACUUUUCACAUAUUCUAAAUAUAAAACAUGUAAGAAACAACAAACUUAUUCUGUACUAAAAACAAAACCUUUGUUAUUGGAAUAAUAAAUUAUAACUAGUUGACUCGA